AUGCUCUGCAUCACUUUCAUGCACGUUAAAGCAAAGAUAUUGUUCGAUCAAGCCCAGCGUUCUGUGAAGCAGCAGCUGCAAAACUUUGUGAAAGAAGAUGUUCGGAAGUUUAAGGAGACCAAGAAGCACUUUGACCGGGUGCGCGAGGACAUGGAAAUCGCGCAGGUGAAGAACGCCCAGGCGCCCAGGAACAAGCCCCACGAGGUGGAGGAGGCCACCGGCGCGCUCAGCAUCACCCGCAAGUGCUUCCGACACCUCGCCCUGGACUACAUUAAUGUCCUUCAGGCAAAGAAGAAAUUUGAGAUCCUUGAUGCUAUGCUGUCCUUCAUGCACGCCCAGUACUCGCUGUUCCAACAGGGCUACAACCUGCUGGACCAGAUCGACCCCUACAUGAAGAAGCUGGCUGCCGAGCUGGACCAGCUGGUGAUUGACUCAGCCAUGGAGAAGAGGGAGAUGGAACAUAAACAUGCAACUAUUCAGCAGAGGCAGAGAGGCUCCAUUGAACGGGGCACUGUCGAACUUGAAGUGGACUUUUCAUAUGACGACUCGAAGGUGGAGUUCAACGUGGAUGCACCCAACGGUGUGGUGAUGGAAGGCUACUUGUUUAAGAGGGCCAGCAAUGCCUUCAAGACUUGGAACAGACGGUGGUUUUCCAUACAGAACAGUCAGCUGGUCUACCAGAAGAAGCUCAAGGCAAUGGUAGUGGAGGACCUACGACUGUGCUCUGUUAAACCAUGCGAGGACAUCGAAAGGAGGUUUUGCUUCGAGCACUUGGACCGAACAGCUUCGCCGUCCACCAGCAGUAUAGAUUCAGCCAGUGAGCCGCGGGAGCGCAGUGGCCGGGGGGAGACCAUCCUGCAGCGCAUCCAGUGUCUGCCCGGGAACCAGCAUUGCUGUGACUGCGGACAGGCCGACCCCCGCUGGGCCUCCAUCAACCUGGGCAUCCUGCUGUGCAUCGAGUGCUCUGGCAUCCACAGGAGUCUGGGAGUUCACUGUUCAAAAGUUCGCUCGCUCACACUUGACUCAUGGGAACCAGAAUUACUAAAGUUGAUGUGUGAGCUUGGAAACAGUGUCAUUAAUCACAUCUAUGAAGGCUCCUAUCAGGACCAAGGUCUGAAGAAACCAUUAGCAUCCAGCUCAAGGCAAGAGAAAGAGGCCUGGAUUAAGGCAAAGUAUGUGGAGAAGAAAUUCCUGAAGAAGCUGGGCUCCGCCGAGAUCCGCAUCAACGGGGAGAGGAAGUCGGAACGGCGGUGGAGCGUGAAGAAGUGUCGGAGGCACAACAGCGCCACCACGGUGCCCAAAACCCGCCGGAGAUACCGACAGGAGCCGGGCAGCAGGUCCCCGUCCGCCCUCUCCACAGCUGCUGCCAAGUUCAGGCGAGAGUCUCUGUUUUGUCCCGAUGAGCUGGAUUCCCUCUUCUCCUACUUUGACACGGGAGCUGGGCCUCGAAGUCUGAGCAGCGACAGCGGCCUGGGCGGCAGCACGGACGGCAGCUCGGACAUCCUGGUGUUCGGCUCGGUGGUCAACAGCGUGGCGGAGGAAGAGUGCGAGGUGUCCGAGGACUCCAGCGGCGAGGCCGAGCUGGAGGCGGAGCCGGAGACCUCCGACCCGGAGGACGCGGGGGAGCUCCAUCCCGGAGCGCUGCUGCACAAAGCCUCCAAAGCGCGCAACCUGCCACUCAUGGCCGAGGCCCUGGCUCACGGGGCGGACGUGAACCUGGCCAACGACGACGACGAAGGAAAGACGCCGCUCAUCCAAGCUGUGAUAGGGGGUUCAUUGAUCGCUUGCGAGUUCCUGCUGCAGAACGCUGCGGAUGUCAACCAAAGAGACGCCAGAGGGAGGGGCCCCCUGCAUCACGCCACAUAUCUGGGACACACGGGGCAGGUGUGUUUAUUCCUCAAAAGGGGAGCGACGCAAAACGAUGGCGACGAAGACGGCCAAGACCCUCUCAGCAUAGCCGUGCAGCAAGCCAACGCGGACAUAGUCACGCUGCUGCGUCUGGCCAGGAUGAACGAGGAAAUGCGGGAGUCGGAGGGCCCCUUCGGACAGCCAGGUCAAUACCCCAUCAGCAGCCCCACUGAGCAGCAGUAUAAGAGAUGCAUUCAGGAGUUUAUCUGCCUUCACAUCGCAGACUGCUGA